AUGGCCCCCGGCACGGGGCUGCUGGGCCGGGCGACGCUGCGCAACGGGACGCUGGAGCUGCGGGAGCUGCGCGUGGCCGCCCAGGGCCGCUUCCUCUGCCAGGGGCUCUUCCCGGAGCGGGGCCGGCUCCGUGUGGGCUACGCCGCCGUCCUCCUGCGAGUCCUGGUGCCCGUCUCCAAGCCCUUCGUGCGGCCGACGGCGGCGGCGGCAGCGGAGGGGGCGGCGGUGGCCCUGACGUGCACUGUGCGGGAGGGGACGGAGCCGCUGAGCUUCUCCUGGCAGCACCAGGAGCCCCGGGGGGGUCCCUCGGUGACCCCUGAGGGGCCGGGGGGCUCCAGGGCAGAGCUGCAGCUGACGCCUGCCAACCGCAGCCACACGGGCUGGUACAUCUGCACCGUGCGCAACGAGGUCAACAACCGCACCAGCGACCCCGUCUACCUGGACAUCGUCUAUGGCCCUGAUGAGCCGGCCAUCCGUGUGGAGCCCUUCUCCCCUGAGCAGGGGGGCUUCUCAGCGGGCGAGCGGGAGGAUGUGGUGCUGAGCUGCCUGGCUCCCUCCAACCCCCCCAGCCGCUACGUCUGGCUGCACAACGGCUCCCAGGUGCACAUCGGGCAGACCUACGUCAUCACUGCCAUCGCCCGCGCCCAGGCGGGCACAUACACCUGCCUGGCCGAGAACAGCCACCUGCAGACCCGCACCCAGGCCACCAUCGUCCUCACUGUCUACUGUAAGUACCCCCGCGGGGGGGCCGAUCCACCAGCUGGGAGCCCGAGCUGCUCUGCCCUGGCCUCCGAGGAUCAGCGGGACGUGGCCCUUCGGUGCCGCUGGCUGGGGGGCUUCCCCCUGGCCCGGCUGCGCUGGGUGGGCCCCCAGGAGGAGGAGGAGGAGGAGGAGAAAGAGGGGUUGAUGGGGACCAGUUUUUCCAUGGCCACCAGGAUCCAGUCAGGGGCAGCCACCAGGAACGGCAGCUCCUUCUCCUGCCUGGCCUCCCACCCUGCGCUGCCACUGGGGGCUGCCUGUGGGACCACCCUGUGGGUCCCGUCCGGCGGCCCCAGCUGCGCGGCGGCGGCCACCAAGGGUGACGAGUACGUGAUGCUGCGGUGCCGGUGGGAGGGGGGCACGCCGCUCGUCACCCUGCGCUGGCGGGACGGUGCGGGCCGCACCUUGGGCGACCCCGCAGCCUCCGCCGCCGUGCUGGUGCUGAGCACCGACGGCAGCCUGGGGGGCCGCGAGUUCGUCUGCGUGGCCGCGCACCCGCUGCGGGCCGCUGCCGCCGAGUGCCGCCUGCGCCUGGAGGUCCCCGAGCUGGAGGCGGAGAGCGAGGUGGCGGUGCUGGAGGGCGGCGAGGCACAGCUGGCGUGCCGGCAGCGCGGCAGCAGCGCCAGUCUCGGUGCCGCAGUGGCUUGGUACGACCCAAAGGAGCGGGAGGUGACUCCGGGGCUGGCCAAGUACCGGCUGGAGCAGGGAGAAGCGUGGGUCAACCUCACCGUCCGGGAUGCCGAGUGGCCGGGGGACGGUGGGAUCUACCGCUGCACCGCCACCCAUGCCGUCCGGGAUGCCGAGUGGCCGGGGGACGGUGGGAUCUACCGCUGCACCGCCACCAAUGCCGUGGGCACUGCCAGCCUCCCCGUCCGCCUCCGCGUGGACCGGUACCCAGCCCCGCCCAACGUCACCAUCAGUAAGCUGCGGUACACGCGGGCGCGCACCGAGGUGCGGCUGGAGUGGCGGACGCAGGGCGCCGGCAACCUCACCGGCUUCGUGGUGCAGCGGCGCCAAACCAAGAAACCGCUCCGGGAGACCCCCAGCCCCUGGGAAACAGCCGCCGGCGACAUCGAGCCGCACUCCCGCGACCGGCGCCUGGGGGGGCUGGACCCCGCGGUGCUCUAUGCUUUCCGCGUCCUGGCCGUCAACCACCGCACGGCCGGGCACCCCUCCGAGGUGCAGACGCCAGCCGAGCCUCCCUUCGAGGCCUACCCGGCGGUGACGGGGGCGGCGGUGGCAGGGAUGCUGGUGGCCACCGCGGCAUCACUCCUGGCCGUGCACUGCAUCGCCCGCCACCGGGAGACCCUCCCACGGCUGCACGACCUGCUCUUCCGCACGGCUGGUCCCGGCGCCCAGGAGCCCGUGGGCACAGCGGAGGAUGCUGAAGCGGCCGCAGGCGGGGAGGAGGAGGCAGGGCCAGCACAGGGAGACCCGUCUGUCCCCAGCGCGGCAGCAGGUGCCGGAGCAGCACCGGCACAGGGAGACCCCUCUGUCCCCAGCGCGGCAGAGCCGCUCUCGGCAGCACCAGGCACCGCCGAUGACCCGCCAGACAACGUCACCAUCGCUGUGACAGCCACGCCGUGACCACUCCGGCUUUUGUUCUGUAUUUCCCCUUCCUCCUCUCGUGCGCACCACGGGAC